AUGGCUGCCUUCAAUAAACUCAUUUUGGGAGUUGGUGUUAGUAGUUUUGCUAUAUUUCAACUUUUCUUCCAUGUAUUAAGUUCUUGGGUUUCUGCACGUGUAACUUCUGGUUUUAAUAAUCUUGACCAAAAGAAGAAGAUUGAAUGGAAUUCAAGGACAGUAUCGACAUUCCAUGCCUUGGUGGUUGGAGCAUUUUGUUUGUAUAUUUUAUUAUACGAUGAAGCUGUUAAUGCUGACCAUGUUUGGGGUGAUCCUUCUAUAGUGAAACUUAAUCUUGCCAUUACUACAGGCUACCUCAUUUCAGAUUUGUUGCUUAUUAUUUUCUAUUGGAAGGCAAUCGGGGAUAUAUUUUUUGUAAUUCACCAUUUAGUAGCACUCUAUGCUUACUACUUUGUACUGGAUAGAGGAUUAUUGGCAUAUUUUGCUAACUUUCGUCUGCUUGCAGAAUUCUCUACCCCUUUUGUGAAUCAGCGGUGGUUUUUUGAAGUGUUGGGGUAUUCCAAGUCUUCAAAGGGCAACAUUGUCAAUGGAGUGCUCAUGACAGUCGUGUUUUUCCUGGCGAGGAUUGCAGUCAUGCCAGUAUAUUAUAGCCAUGCUGCUUUUGAGUAUGGAACAGAAGCUUUCCACAGAUUAGGAUUUGCAGCUCAAAGCGCCUGGUUUAUCUCCAGCAUUGUGCUGGAUGUCAUGAACUUAAUGUGGAUGGUCAAAAUUACAAAAGGAUGUUGCAAAGUUAUUUGUCUUAUUGGACGAGGAGAAGUCAAAGCUCAUAAGAAUGGAAAAUCUGACUAGAAGACUUAAAAAACACACACCUCUGAACAGCAUUUUUUUGAUUCAUCGAAAGAACAAUGCACACUUUUGCCAUAAAAAGUUCCUCUUAAGGAAAGAAGGUAUUACCUCUUUAAAUUUAGCCUUUCCUUUGCCCAGCUGCCUGGACACCCAGGGCCACUUCAUUUAAAGACUUAACAUUUGGUGGAAUGGGAAACAAAGACAUGUUGCAUAUACCUUGGCAGCGUGUUUUAAUUACAAAUGAACCUGUAAAGGAACAAACUCUUCUAGCACUAUGUUCCUAAGAAUUUUCACUCAGGUUUCUUAGACUAAUGUGUUUUUAAUGCCUGUGAACGCCAGGAUCUCUAGUUUACGUUCUGUUAAAAUGACAGCUUUUCCUGGCAUGUUUCUCUGCUUUCUCAGUGUUUGGUGUUCAUAAUCAAGGUUUCCUUGUUUUGACAACUUUUUUUUAAACAUUUUUGCAAGUAUUUUGCUUUGAAACUGUGAUCUUUUACUGCAUUUUCUGCUGCCUUACAUGCAUGGAUACAACCUUUUGGGAUUUA